CUACAACUGUAACUGCAAAUUAUUGGAGGGGUUGUUCUCUUUGGGACCAGAGAAAGUGCUUUUCCACUGAAAAUCCCUGUGCGCUGAGGAAAUUACAUCACUGCACAGAGGACCCUAGGACCACACAGUCUCUGCAUUAGGAAGUGAGGCUGCUGGGUGGGCUGCUGCAGCAGGAACCUCUUACAGCAGACACGAGUGUGAAAAGCCGCCGCAGAGGGAAACCCUUUUCUGCCAAGAACAUAGAUCAUUCACUAUGAGUGAAUUUCGGAUUCACCAUGAUGUAAAUGAGCUCAUCAGCCUUCUGCAUGUCUUUGGAUUAGAAGGGGCGGAAGUUUACAUUGAUCUUCUGCAGAAAAAUCGUACUCCCUAUGUCACUACCAGUGUUUCUACUCAUAGUGCCAAAGUUAAAAUAGCUGAGUUUUCCAGGACACCAGAUGAUUUUCUCAAGAAAUACGAGGAGCUAAAAUCAAAGAACACUCGUAAUUUGGAUCCACUUGUGUACCUUCUUUCAAAGCUAAUAGAAGAUAAAGAGACAUUGCAAUACUUGCAUCAGAAUGCCAAGGAUAAAGCAGACCUCACCAGUAUUAGUGCCACUGCUGCUAGUCUGCCUGUCGCUCCCAACACUUCCAAGAUUUCAUUACACGAGCUGGAUGAGUUACGAAGACAGUUGGAAACUGUAACUAUGGCAGCAUCCUACAGCCCCCAGCCUGUUGAGGUUCUACGAAAAUGUCUCAGGGACAAAUUAAAAAAGAAAAAUACUGGGCAUCCAGUCCCUGUAUUUCCAUCUUGGGUCUAUGAAAGGCCAGCACUUACAGGAGACUUUAUGCCUUUUUCGAACUCGAGCACAGAUGUCACAGUACCCAUAGGGACUUUACCUAUGCCAUCUCAAGAAGCUUGCCUUGUUGAAGAUCUUUUGUAUAUUUUGAUUGGUGUGGAUGGGCGAUACAUCAGUGUCCAGCCCCUUGUGGGACAUCAGAGCCGCACUUUCUCAGUUGAGCAAAACUUAGACAUGUCUGUGAAAGAGCUUGUUAACAGAAUUCUACCAGUGGCGGCAAACUACUCCACUGUUACCAGGUUUGUUGAGGAGAAUUCAUUAUUUGAGUAUGGUCAAGUGAACCAUGCCCUUGGUGCCGCCAUGAGAACCCUGGGGAAGGAAUACAUGAUUCUCAUUACUCAACUAGAGCACCUGCAACGCCAGGGGCUGCUGUCCUUACAGAAGUUAUGGUUUUACAUCCAGCCUACACUUAGAACCAUGGAAGUCUUAGCUUCUAUAGCUACUUCUUUGGAUAAAGGAGAGUGUCUUGGAGGAGCAACACUCAGCUUAUUGCAUGACCGAACCUUUGGAUACACAGGGGACAACCAGGCACAGGAGCUGUGUCUCUACCUGACUAAGGCAGCAAGUGCACCAUACUUUGACAUUCUUGAAAGAUGGAUCUACAGAGGAAUCAUCAAUGACCCUUACAGUGAGUUCAUGGUGGAAGAGCAUGAGCUACAGAAGGAGAAGAUUCAGGAAGAUUAUAAUGACAAGUACUGGGACCAGAGGUACACUAUUGUGCAACAGCAAAUCCCAUCUUUUCUGCAAAAGGUGGCAGACAAAAUCCUUAGCACAGGUAAAUAUCUGAAUGUUGUUAGGGAGUGUGGCCACGAUGUUACCUGUCCAGAUGCAAAGGAAAUUACCUACACCUUGAAGGAGCAGGCAUAUGUAGAGCAAAUUGAAAAGGCAUACAACUAUGCCAGUAAAGUGCUUCUAGACUUUCUGAUGGAGGAAAAAGAGUUGGUAGCGCAUCUACGAUCUAUAAAGCAUUACUUUCUAAUGGACCAGGGAGACUUCUUUGUGCAUUUCAUGGAUCUGACCGAGGAGGAGUUAAGGAAGCCAGUGGAAGACAUCAUCCCGACACGACUGGAGGCUCUUUUGGAGCUGGCACUGAGAAUGAGCACUGCCAACACAGACCCAUUUAAAGAUGAUCUUAAGAUUGAGUUAAUGCCACAUGACCUCAUCACACAACUUCUACGUGUUCUUGCCAUUGAAACUCGACAGGAAAAAGCUCUUAUUAACGCCGACCCCACUGAGCUUGCACUCAGUGGACUGGAAUCUUUUUCCUUUGAUUACAUUGUCAAGUGGCCACUUUCGCUAAUAAUAAACAGAAAAGCUCUUACACGCUAUCAGAUGCUAUUUCGCCAUAUGUUCUACUGCAAGCAUGUGGAACGACUUUUGUGUAAUGUAUGGAUCAGCAAUAAGACCGCCAAGCAAUUUUCCUUGCACUCAGCAAAAUGGUUUGCUGGAGCUUUUACCCUUCGUCAGAGGAUGCUGAACUUUGUUCAAAAUAUACAGUAUUACAUGAUGUUUGAGGUGAUGGAGCCAACUUGGCACAUCCUGGAAAAAAAUCUGAAAUCGGCCUCUAAUAUAGAUGAUGUUUUGAGCCACCAUACCAGUUUUUUGGAUAAUUGCUUGAAGGACUGCAUGCUCACCAAUCCAGAACUGCUCAAGAUCUUCUCCAAGCUCAUGUCAGUCUGUGUUAUGUUCACCAACUGCUUACAGAGAUUUACACAGAGCAUGCAGGUACAGACAGAAAUGGAAAAUCUUACUUUGGAACAUGGAACUAUGAUGGGUCCCCCUACACAAUGUGAAAGAACAGAAGAAGCCUUGAAAAAGAAGCUCACCUCAAAGUACUUUGAAGAACACAUUGAUGCAUUCCCUUCUUCAUUUGGAUUUGAAUCUACUAUAAACAACUUUGACAUCAAUUUCUCAGCCCAUCUCAUGGACCUGUUGGACAAAUUGAGCAUGUAUAGCACGAGUGAUUGUGAGCAUAGCAUGAUAAACAUAAUAUACAGGCUGGACUUUAAUGGAUUCUACACAGAACGACUGAAACAGCUGUCUUCUGAGAGAAACCAAAAAUCAUCACCACUUUUAGGACCUGCACAACAUGCUGUAUCUACAAAGUGAAAGCUUGUCAAACAAAGACAGUGUGGGGUUUCUUCUGUCUAUGAAUUCUAGUGAUGGUAUUCUCACAUGUUCUUCAUUGUCAUUUUUUGUUCCUUUACUUUUUGUUUUAUCGACCAACUAUCAUAAAGCUUAAGUAGACAGGUAUACUGAAGAUAGAAUUGUGGAUGGAAUAUUAGGACAUUUUUUGUCUCCAAAUCUGACUUAAAACCCACUGUAUUAAACUGGUUUACAUGUCUGUUCAUUACCAACUUGAUGAAGGCAAAAAACUGUACCCAGUAACUAUGUAGAAGCAGUAAAUAAUAUCUACUCUGGUUGACAUCAUACAAGCUAGGACUUGCAUUGUUGCAGAUUGUGUAAUGGACAUACAAAAUUUAUGAGGAUUUUAGUUUCUAUGCUUAUGCAUUUUAGAUGAAGGGAUACUUGCAAAAAAAAUAUUACUUUCUCGAUGAUUAACAUCGUGCACCCAGACCCCAAGGAAUAAAUAUACAGUGAUAAAUGAAUAUUAUAAUAGAAUUAUUAAACUCGCCAGUUCAACAUUAA